AGGAAGUGAAGGUGUCAAUGUCAAACCAGCUUGAAUCAGCUGUUUCCACGGAUUACGACACCAGUCUGACCAGAGGCAGACCUCCGUCAACAUCACAUGCGGUGUGAAGCUGUUUAUACUGGAGCGAAGCAAGGCAUCUGAAUUUCUUCAGGAACCAUGAACUUUCUCUCUGACAAGAGUGUGCUGUUGCUGUGCAAAAGGACUACCAGCGCCAUUCGAGUGCUGGGCAGCCUUUCAUCUCUCCCUGUGGGGCGCAGGGUCCACGGCCCUCUCACUGGCGCUCUUAGAGGGUGUCACUCGGGGGCGAACUCCCAUCCCAGCCUCAGCACCAAAAAGCGAGGUUAUGAUAUCACAAGAAACCCCCACCUCAACAAGGGCAUGGCCUUUACUCUGGAGGAGAGGCUCCAGCUGGGCAUCCACGGCCUUCUGCCGCCAUGCUUUCUCUCCCAGGACGUCCAGGUGCUCCGAGUCAUGAAAAGCUAUGAGACGCGCACCAACCCCCUCGACAAGUAUAUCUUGCUGAUGACCCUGCAAGACAGGAAUGAGAAGCUCUUCUAUCGUGUGUUGACCUCUGACAUUGAGGAGUUCAUGCCUAUAGUUUACACUCCCACUGUAGGCCUAGCCUGCCAGCAGUAUGGCCUGGCGUUCAGGAGACCACGAGGAUUGUUUAUCACCAUUCAUGACAGAGGCCACAUUGCCACCAUGCUAAACUCAUGGCCAGAGGAGAACAUCAAGGCCGUAGUGGUGACUGAUGGUGAGAGGAUCCUGGGACUGGGUGACCUGGGCAGUUACGGAAUGGGCAUCCCAGUGGGCAAGCUGGCUCUGUACACAGCAUGUGGAGGAGUGCACCCUCAGCAAUGCCUGCCUGUGCUGCUGGAUGUGGGCACUGAUAACGAGACGCUCUUGAAUGACCCCUUGUACAUUGGGCUGAAACACAAAAGGGUGAGAGGGAAAGAAUAUGAUGACCUCAUCGAUGAGUUCAUGCAGGCUGUUACAGACAAGUAUGGCAUGAACUGUCUGAUUCAGUUUGAAGACUUUGCCAACAACAAUGCUUUCCGCAUUCUUAGCAAGUACCGCAACCGUUAUUGCACUUUCAACGAUGAUAUACAAGGCACAGCAUCAGUGGCUGUUGCAGGUGUUUCUCGCUGCUCUGAAGCUCACCAAAAAUAACUGUCCGAUCACAAAUUUGUGUUCCAGGGAGCAGGAGAGGCUGCUUUGGGCAUUGCUCACCUACUAAUCAUGGCUAUGGCGAAGGAGGGAGUGUCGCACACUGAUGCUGUCAAGAAGAUCUGGAUGGUGGACUCUAAAGGCCUUAUUGUGAAGGGUAGAGGUCACCUGAAUCAUGAAAAGGAAGAGUUUGCCCAUGAUCACCCCCAAAUAAAGACCUUGGAGGAGGUGGUGCAGACCAUCAAACCAACAGCUAUCAUUGGCGUGGCAGCCAUUGGUGGUGCGUUUACAGAAAAGAUCCUCAAGGACAUGGCCUCCUUCAAUGAGAGGCCCAUCGUCUUUGCCCUCAGCAAUCCCACCAGCAAGGCAGAGUGCACAGCGGAACAGUGCUACACGGUGACGCAGGGUCGUGGUAUCUUUGCCAGUGGAAGCCCCUUCAAGAAGGUGACCCUCGCGGAUGGCCGUACCUUCCACCCAGGCCAGGGCAACAAUGCCUACGUGUUCCCUGGGGUGGCACUGGGGAUCAUCACCUGUGGGGUGCGCCACAUAUCCGAUGACAUUUUCCUCACCACAGCAGAGGCAAUAGCUGACAUGGUCACAGAGGAGCACCUAGCUGAGGGAAGACUGUAUCCUCCUCUUGGCUCAAUCAGAGAAGUGUCCUUUAAAAUUGCCAUGAAGAUCGUGGACUACGCCUACGAACACGGCAUUGCUGCUUGGUAUCCAGAGCCCAAGGAUAAAGAAGCCUUUGUGUUGUCUCAUGUCUACAAUUCAGACUAUGACUCCUUCACACUGGACUCUUAUACAUGGCCCAAGGAAGCCAUGAAGGUCCAGGAUGUGUAGCUGCUUACCCCCCCCCCCCCCCCCCCCCGUAUCCUCCUCUCUUGGAGAGAUCCACAAAACGCCACCUUGCCUUGCCCAUCUGCUCCUCCUGACAUGCCAGUCAUUUCAGUCUUUUUGCCUUUGAAUUCAGUGUUCAACCAAUUUCUCCAUUGUUAGAUUUUUGGUAAGUUAAAAGUAGACCUUCCUGCUCUUAAGACAUUGCCUCUGCCCACAGAUGCCAAAGACUGCAGUUCAUCUGAUUGGUCACAUGGCUGUGCUGCAGAUGUGGGUGUUGAAGGAUCAUUGGAAGGAUGGCUGUAAAUACAGGUUAAAAAAAAAAAAACUACCGCAAUCCACUGUUGUCUAGCCAACAGCCAAAUUAUUCUUGUGUAGCUUUUAUGAAUAGAUUUUGUCACUCCAGGAUUUGCUUUACACUUAUGAGUGCGCUCCAAGCCAAAAUAUCUGGUUUUAAACACUCCUUUGAUUCCAUUACUGAUUCAUGCUGCAAUCAUGCAGCUAUCAAUUUAGUGAGAGGUUCUUUUUAUACCAUUUCUGUUAGUAGGAUCUUAAGAACUGCCUGCAACAAAUUGGAUGUUUCUCUAGUUUUAUUUAUAAGAUGGCAUCAUUCUUGAAUACUGUAAGCAGGUUUCCUCUUUUAUUAUUAUUUUUUUGCUGUGUUUUUAAGACUCCUGUGUUGUCUCGUACGGAUUUUGCCAAAGGACAUUGUGUCAAACACAUCAAAAGCAGACAAUACUGUGCUAACUACAAAGCAUGACUACCUGUCUGGGCCACCCUCAUUUUCAGUGGUAGCUAGCAAAUUGUUCAGUGCUUAGUGUCUGGAGAAUUGUUGCUAUCGUCAUUCAUAAAUUGAUUGAGCACUGUAAACAAAGUCUAUUUUCACAUGUUCAGCAAAGGGGAACUUUUAAAUAAAUAAACAAUUUAAAAGCAAAUCCA